CACACAAACUAGGGUUUCCGCUUCAUAUAUUGCAGCCACUUAAAGCUUCCUCCUCGCCUCUCUCUCUCUCUCUCGUGUAAUUUUCAACACUUGCAGAAGAAGAAGAAGAGAGAAAACGCAAAAUGGCGACUAACGGAUCUGCUCAGCUUUCACAGAAGGAAGCUGACAUCAAGAUGAUGUGCGCUGCUGAGGUUCACCUCGGAACCAAGAACUGCAACUACCAAAUGGAGCGUUACGUCUUCAAGAGACGCAACGACGGGAUUUACAUCUUUAACCUUGGCAAGACAUGGGAGAAGCUGAUGAUGGCUGCACGAGUCAUCGUUGCUAUCGAGAACCCACAAGACAUCAUUGUGCAGUCAGCUAGGCCCUAUGGUCAGAGAGCUGUUUUGAAGUUCGCUCAGUACACUGGAGCCAACGCCAUUGCUGGAAGGCACACUCCUGGUACAUUCACCAAUCAGAUGCAGACUUCGUUCAGCGAGCCAAGGCUUUUGAUUCUCACUGAUCCACGUACCGACCACCAGCCUAUCAAGGAAGGUGCUUUGGGAAACAUUCCAAUCAUUGCUUUCUGUGACACUGACUCUCCCAUGAGGUUUGUUGACAUUGGUAUCCCCGCCAACAACAAGGGAAAGCACAGCAUUGGUUGUCUCUUCUGGCUUCUUGCUCGCAUGGUCCUUCAGAUGCGUGGAACCAUUCGCCCUGCUCAGAAGUGGGAUGUCAUGGUUGACCUGUUCUUCUACAGGGAGCCCGAGGAGGCCAAGCCAGAGGAUGAGGAUGAAGUUGCACCUCAGGCUGAGUUUGGAUUACCUGCUCCUGAGUAUGGAGGUGGAGACCAGUGGACCACUGCUGCUAUCCCUGACGCCGCCUGGCCUGGAGAAGCUCAGGCGCCGAUCUCUGCUGCUCCCGCCGCUGGUUCAUGGAAUGAUUCCGCUGCUCCAGCUGCAGCAGAAGGUGGAUGGGACGCGGCUGUGCCACCCACAACUGCAGUGACCAAUUGGGAAUAAAUUUGAUAGCCUUUACAAUAGCUAAAUGGCUAUAGACCUGUUUUUUUUUUUUGUUACUGCUGGGAUCGAAGAGUUCACUGUUUUUCUUUUUUCUCUUGAGACAAGAUACUUUAGAUUACUCUGUUUUGCUCCUUUUUUGUUGUUGAAUGGAAUCUCUAUUUAUCU